AAUUUCAGUAUUCAAAGAGCAGUUGCAAGAAGAACAUAUAUUUACUAACAAUUUUUUGAAGAAAACAUUUUAUUAAAAAGAGAUGCAAUAUGAAGUUAUUUAUCAUCAUUUUUGUCUAUUUGACCACACUAUCAGCCAAUGAUGAUAUUCAAACCUCCUUGGAGUUUCCCGACUAUGCGAAUGAGAUUACACAUCUGUGCAAAAAUGAAAUAAUCUCUUUUAACUUUGCUAACACAACAAUCACCUCUAUUGGUCGGGAUUUUAUUAGUAGUCCUUGGAUUACUUGUCUCAAUUUCACAAGCACUCAAAUUCACAAUAUCGAGAGAGGCGCCUUCAACAAACUUCCUAAUUUGACUCAAUUAAUUUUUUCUGAUAGUAAUAUCGACUUACAAAAACUUUUCAACUUUGGAGGUCACGAAAAUUUAAAGUUUCUUAAUCUGAAUGAUGCAUCCUCUCGCAUCUAUGACUCAUAUGAUGUUUAUAUUUUUGAAGAAUAUCCUAACUUAGAAAUCUUGUCUGCCCGUAAAAAUGAUAUCAGAGAUUUAAUUUCAGAAGUAAAUACUCCAUUUCCAAAACUGAAGAUCCUAGAUCUUUCCAGCAAUCAGAUACAAAGUACCGAUUUUGUAAAAUUGUUACCAAAUAGUUUACAUGUUCUUGAUCUCCACGACAAUUCGCUCUCUUCUUUGGUUUUUGAUAAAAACCAUGUAAACUUAUUGGCACUAAACUUGGAUUACAACAAUCUACGUUAUAUAACGAAUGUGAUGACUGGCCUAGAAAAUUUGCAAUAUCUUUCCGUUUCUGGAAACAAAAUUGAUUCUAUUGAAUCAAACGCUUUCGAAGACACUAAUAAGUUGGUAUAUUUGAACUUAUCCACAAAUAAAAUAACUCACUUUCAUUCAGAAAUAUUUAUAAAAUUGCAGUCUUUAAGAUUACUCGAUUUGAAUUAUAAUAUGCUCGAGGAAAUUCCGCAAAUUUCAAAUGAAACAAUUAUUAGUACUUUAUUCCUUAAUUGUAAUAAUAUUAAGAGUAUAAUUUCAAACGCUUUUGUACAAAUGCCAAAAUUGAUGAAAUUAUUAUUGGGAGGGAAUCAGAUCAUCGAAAUUAAUGUUAAAGCAUUCGCUCAUCUUUCGCUUUUAGAAAUAUUAGAUUUGUCGAGGAAUAAAUUAAGUUUCCUACCAGAAGGAUGGAGUGAAUUUUUAAUAUCUCUAAAAUAUUUAAAUUUAAACGAUAACCAAUUUAUCUCACUAGAAUCUUUAUCCCUAACAAACGUGUUACCAUUAAUGGAACUGCAUCUGGCGAAUAUUUCACUGGAAUAUUUAAAUAUUAGCUAUUUCGAAAACUUGCCGCAGAAUCUUAUCAUAAGUUUGAAAGAAUUUAACUCUGCAAACUGGAAUUCUGCUAGAUGCAGACCUACAGUACCUACAGUACCACAGACAGAUCCCUGGGGGACAGAUUCCUUGGGGACAGAUUCCUUGAGGACAGAUUCCUUGAGGACAGAUUCCUGGAGGAGAUAUGAUUUUAACACAGGUUAAUGAGGGGUACUGUAGGUCAUCACCCGUCAUUUGGGGCCGUUUUUUCCUCAACGAAAAUGUUGAUGAAGGCCAUCAUUUUUUGCAUGUUCCCGAUUUUUGUCAUCAUAUAUCUUUGCAAUUAAACCUUAAAUUAAAACUCAAUUAAAGUAAACUUUAUUUAAAAUUAAUCGAAGAAUGUGGUUUUGUUAAUAUUUUAUUACUACAAAGCUUAGUUUACGAAAAACCCCUUAUUUCCAAUUACUUAUAAUUCAAAAAUUAUUAGUGCCUUCACAUUUUCGUUGAGGAAAAAUUGUCUUCAGAUGAUCCCAGGAAUCUGUCUUUGAAAGAUUCAUUAUGAGUUUUGGGACACUCUGUAUAUAUAAACUGGAAGAAUGCGGAGAACUGUUAGAUCCCUCCGUAAGUCGAGAGAGAACACUUUUGUAAAUUCAACAUAU